AUGGGACGUGAUUCUUCCCACCCACAACAGCGCGGUACUCACGGAGGUGCACGGCGCGGUGCUGGCCGGCCUCCCAAGGACUCUGAAUCAGCAGCCCAACUACGACCGUCUCGUACUGCACUGCCGCGCCAUACUCCUCAGGCAUCUCAAGUCGUGCCCGGCCCCUUCUUUCGACCACGACGGCCAACGCAGCCUGUACCUGGCGAUGCCAGCAACACAUUCUGGGCAGCUGCCCAUCCCGAAUCAACUGCAUUGGAUGGGGAUACUGAUGGUCUUGGUGGCUCUGGCAUGACUACCAACGAAGUUCGGCAGCUUCAAGAUGACCUCGGCUUUGUCUCGGAGAAUGACGAGCACGCAGAUAUUGCGAGGGGCGAUGCAUUGGUGGACGAGAGCUUAAUGGGAGAGGUUUUGGAGGAAGAGGAGAGAGUAGAUGAAGAAGAAGACGACGCUAGACCUACGCUGUUGCCGGAGUCUUCAAUAACACGAUACUUGCGCUCUGUCAGAGAUCGUGUCCAAGCUGAGAUCGACAUCCACGGUGAACCAAUGUGCUACCGCCGCAACGAUCUGUACGAACGAGCACCACACCAGCUCUUCGCACUUAAAGCCUGUUUUACGCGCACGCAGCAAGAUGAGCAUCCAGAGGACAUUCUUUAUGCGCGCGAUGUGUGCAUCUGGCUGCCACACCUGCUAUUCGGUGCCCCAGACAGUUUCAAGUGUUUUUGUGGACGCAAACUGUCCCGCAAUGGUUUCAAUGAUAAACCUAUUGCUCGACGCGUUCGGUCAAUGCCAGUCGACUUCUAUCUCAUGACGAAUCGUUUCGUCUGUGACCCCCGUCGCAUUGGUGAUUCCGGCUGUGGGAUGAAUUCCCAAGGCACAGACCCACUCAUCCUUGGUCAACUGCCCCGCUUUGUGCAAGAAGCAUUCCCAGCCUACAUAAUCACUCGCGCUGCCAUUUCCAAGACACUUCUGUGGCAGAUGCGAAAUACAUUCGCUACCCGGUUUGGUCCUGCGCCCUUCGCUGAGCUGAUUUCCGAGAUCCAAUACCGCCACCAUGCGGAGUGCGAGCUCAUGUAUGUUGCUGCUGCACACUUCUAUGGGAUUGUGAACGCCAAUCGCUUUUCCGAAUUCGGCAACAAGCUUCAAUAUAAUGCCUCGCCACCAACUGUCUCGUACCUCAAGGGUGUGUUUACCGACUACAUGACAGCACAUCGAGUCUUCAUUGACCGCUAUGUUGCGAGUCUUCCGCUAACAAUUGCCAAGGCAGACCACACCUUUGAUUUUCUCAAGUACAUGGGUGGUUUCAAGGGUGAACACAUCUUUACUGCUGCGUACAUCAUACUCAAUGAGUGGGAGCAAAACCCGUGGCCAUGUUCUGACUAUGACCAAAUCACUGGACUUCGUGAAGGAUACAUGGACACAGAUUCAGGAGGGGUUGAAGGCAGCGAAUCAUCCUCCGACACAGAUUGUAUAUACCGACUCUCCGCAGGGUAA